AAUGAAAUCAGCUCUUCUAAGGGAAGAUCUUACAAAAGGACAAAAAACAUUUUGAGUGGCGGCCACAGGAAAAAAGAGCCGAGCGACAUCACUUGGCACUGAAUUUUUUUCCUUCUCCUGCAUUCUUCGCGGAAUAGCAGGAGUCUGACACCCCUUUUCUAUUAUGAUGAUGAUGAUUAUUAUUCGUGGUCAACUGACGUGUUUGGCCGCCGUCCACGCGCAACAACGCGAGAUCCGAUUACGACAAAGGAGCCCCGUCCUUUAACGACAUUGGUGGUUGCUUUACGGUGCGUCUAACCACACCUUGGGAACGUCGAUAGUAAUAAUUAUUAUUGCUGUUGUCAAAUAUGAGCCACCUGACGAUCGACUUCAGGCCGGGACACGUCAAGUUGCUGCAGCAGGAGGACCCCCCGGCGGGCGGCCUUCGCGUCCUGGUGACGGGCGCGAGUGGUCUGCUGGGACGCGCCGUCUUCCAGGAGUUCGUGAAGCGCGGCUGCGCGGCGACUGGGACGGCGUACCGCAGGGCCGGCCCGCGCCUCCUCCGCUGCGACCUGACCGACGAGGACUCCGUCAAAGCGCUCAUGAGCCGAUGCGAGCCCGACGCCGUGGUCCACUGCGCGGCGGAGCGCCGUCCCGACGUGGUGGAGCGCCACCCGGAGGCGGCCGACGACAUCAACGUCCACGCCACCGCCGCGCUCGCCAGGGAGGCCGCGCGCCGGGGCUCGUUCAUGCUGUACAUGAGCAGCGACUACGUGUUCGACGGGCGCCGCCCGCCGUACGGCCAGGACGACGUCCCCAACCCCCUCAACGCGUACGGACGCAGCAAGCUGGAAGGAGAGCGGCAAACACUUCGACACUGCGCGCGCUCGGCGGUUCUGCGCGUUCCGGUUUUGUUCGGAGAGGUGGAGUCCCUAUCGGAGAGCGCCGUCACGUCGCUGUGGCCCGGAAUCCUGCGGGCGGGCGAGAGCUGCGCUCUGGACCACUGCCAGCAGAGGUUCCCCACGCACACCCGAGACGUCGCCGCCGUCUGCUGGAACCUGUGCAACGCUGCUGCUCGGGACGAAUCCAUCCGAGGAAUGUUCCACUAUUCCGGGAAGGAGCAGAUGACCAAAUACGAGAUGGCGCUGGCGAUGGCCCGGGCCUUCGACCUUCCGUCCGGUCACCUCGUCCCGCUGAUGGAGCUGCCGGCGACGACCGGCGCUCUGCGGCCGCUCGACAGCCGCCUGGACUGUUCCCGUCUGGAAGUCCUGGGCCUCGGCGUGGAGCCGCGAGCGUUCGCCUCCGCCGUGGCGGACUGCCUGUGGCCUUUCACGCCCGACAAACGUUGGCGGCAGACCGUUUUCCACUGAUCGCCGUGGUUGCGCCGCCGCCUCUCUUCGUUCUUCUUAACGGUUCUUUUUCCACAUUUGUGAUGUAAAACUCUCCCAAAAAUUUUUUUCAUUUUUUUUAAAUUUUAAAAUAUUUGCUGAGGACAAUACUUAAGAAUAAAGUUGAAUUUGAACGUUUGUCAAAAACAAACUUCUCGACUGUUUUUG